AUGACCAGUGGAGACCAUGUUACGAUGGUGUGCUGCCAAAGUACAGAGCAUCAAAGCGUGCAGGUGUCGGACACCGGAUCGAUGAAUGAAUAUCCGUUAAUUCUGUCGGAUCUGCUCAGCUCAAAUUUACAGUUACUAGAAGGCCGAUCAUACUCAUGCCUGGCUUCGAACGCCUUUGAAACAAAAAUCGGAUCAAACAUGCGGAUGUCCGCCGUGCCUACAACUUGCGAAGCAGUUACGCAUCGACCAUUCGGUGUACGUCGUGCCUCAACUAUGAGGCGAGAACCUCACCCGCGCUGCAUAUUUGGGACUUCCGCCUGUUCAAAUCAUCCGAUAGAUGCGCAACCACCUUUCGGGAAAUUCAGAAGUUAUGAAGCGGCCAGAAAAUUAUUUUGCACAAGCAAGCCCCUAUUUUGCCUGCUUGACAUCAGUCAUAUAGUUUACUUUGCAUCACAGUGCGCCAAAAUAACAACUCACGGAGAAGAAGCACGCAUUUGGUCCGAGGAAGUGCGUGGACAUACACAGGUAUGCCGGAACGCAGUAGGCCGUGACGAACUUUCUCGUUGA